CCUCCCGAGUGCUGGGAUUAUAGGCAUGUGCCACCACGCCCGGCUUGCUGCUGGUGUCCUACACAAGGCCUCUUGGCAACGUCAAUCAAUUGGAGUACUGGGGAUUGAAACCAGGAUCCUUACAUUGAGCUAUACUGUCAGCCUUUGCGGAGCUACUGAAUUGUCCAGGCUGGGCUCAAGCUUUUGAUCCUUCUCCUCAGCUUCUCAGAGCGCUGGGAUUACGGCUGCACCCCCUCAGGCCCAGCUUCAAAGGUGAGCAGUAAGAAGCAGCUGAGCUUUCCCACCUUUAGGGUGGCUGAUCCCUGAGGAAAUCUGUCCGAUGUGGUAACAACCUGGUUGUGGGAUUAAUGGUUCCAAUAAGCAGAAGGUGAAAGGGCAAGACUGUACAUGUUCUCUAUGGAAGACGGAGACUUGGAUCGGUGCAUCAUUACCAGCAAGGACAUGGAUUUGAUUGACAUACUCUGGAGGCAAGAUAUUGAUCUUGGGGCAAGUCGAGAAGUAUUUGACUUCAGUCAGCGACAGAAGGAGUAUGAGCUGGAAAAACAGAAAAAACUCGAAAAGGAAAGACAAGAACAACUCCAAAAGGAGCAAGAGAAAGCCUUUUUCGCUCAGUUGCAACUAGAUGAAGAGACAGGUGAAUUCCUCCCAAUUCAGCCAGCCCAGCACAUCCAGCCAGAAACCAGUGGAUCUGCCAACUAUUCCCAGGUUGCCCACAUUCCCAAACCAGAUGCUUUGUACUUCGAUGACUGCAUGCAGCUUUUGGCAGAGACAUUCCCAUUUGUAGAUGACAAUGAGGUUUCUUCACCUACAUUUCAGUCGCUUGUUCCCGAUAUUCCCAGCCACAUUGAAAGCCCAGUCUUCACUGCUUCUAAUCAGGCUCAGUCACCUGAAACUCCUCUUGAGAUAGCCAUGGGUGACACAGACAAUGUGCAGCAAGACAUUGAGGAAAUUUGGCAGGAGCUAUUUUCCAUUCCAGAAUUACAGUGUCUUAAUAUUGAAAAUGACAAGCUGGAGAAUACCACGGUUCCAAGCCCAGAAUCUAAACUGACAGAAAUUGAAAACAAUUACUUCUACUCAUCAGUCCCCUCACUGGAAAAAGUAGUAGGGAGCUGCAGUCCAGAGUUUCUUAAUGCUUUCGAGGAUUCUUUCAGCAGCAUCCUCUCCACAGAAGAUCCCAACCAGCUGACAGUGAACUCAUUAAAUUCAAAUUCCACAUUAAAUACAGAUUUUGGUGAUGAAUUUUAUUCUGCUUUCAUAGCAGAACCUACUAUCGGCGACAGCAUGCCCUCCUCUGCUACUGUAAGCCAGUCGCUCUCUGAACUUUUAUAUGGGACCAUUGAUGUUUCGGAUCUAUCACUUUGUAAAGCUUUCAACAAAAACCACUCUGAAAGCAUAGCAGAAUUCAAUGACUCUGACUCUGGUAUUUCACUGAACACAAGUGCCAGCAUAGCAUCACCAGAACACUCAGUGGCGUCUUCCAUCUACGGAGACCCACCACCUGGCUUCAGUGAUUCAGACAUGGAAGAGCUAGAUAGUGCCCCUGGAAGUGUCGAACCCAAUGGUCCCAAAACACAGCCAGUAUAUUCUUCAAGGGAUACCGUGCAACCUCUGUCACCAUCUCGAGGGCACAGUGCUCCUGUGCAUGACGCCCAGGGGGAAGACACACCAAAGAACGAAUUACCUGUAAGCCCUGGUCAUCGAAAAACCCCAUUCACAAAAGACAAACAUUCAAGCCGCCUGGAGGCUCAUCUCACCAGAGAUGAGCUUAGGGCAAAAGCUCUCCAUAUCCCAUUCCCUGUGGAAAAAAUCAUUAACCUCCCUGUUGAUGACUUCAAUGAAAUGAUGUCCAAAGAGCAAUUCAGUGAAGCUCAAGUUGCACUAAUUCGAGAUAUACGUAGGAGGGGUAAGAAUAAAGUAGCAGCUCAAAAUUGCAGAAAAAGAAAACUGGAAAAUAUAGUAGAACUUGAGCAAGAUUUAGGCCACUUAAAAGAUGAAAAAGAAAAAUUACUCAAAGAAAAAGGAGAAAAUGACAAAAGCCUCCAUCAACUGAAAAAACAACUCAGCACCUUGUAUCUCGAAGUCUUCAGCAUGCUACGUGAUGAAGAUGGAAAACCUUACUCUCCUAGUGAAUACUCCCUGCAGCAAACGAGAGAUGGGAAUGUAUUCCUUGUUCCCAAAAGUAAGAGGGCAGAUGUUAAGAAAAACUAGAUUUGGGAAGAUUUGCCUUUUCUAUUUUUUUGGUUUUUGUACUGUUAUACUAAAAGCUCCUACUAUGAUGUGAAAUGCAAGAAAAUACUUUGUAAGUAAUUCUGUGUAAAAAUUAUAGCCAAAACUAGUAUAGAAAAUAAAAAACAUUAAAAAGCAUUAAAAUAUCUACGUUGAAUCAGUAGUUUCACUUUAAUUUCUUAGGACACCAUUUGGGCUUGUUUCUGUGUAAGUGUAAAUACUACAAAAUUUCUUAUUUAUACUGUUCUUGUUACAUUCAUAGAUUUAUAUGAUAUGACAUCUGGCUACAAAUUGAUGGAAAACUAACCACUGUACUUUUUUAUAAAUACUGUAUCAACAAAAA